UCGUAAGCUACUUGAAAAGCAAACAAAUCUGAAACAAGAACAAAUUACUAAUAUAUGCACACACCAUCAUGAUAUGUUAGUUGUAAGAUAUGAGGGUAAUCAGAAAAGUUGCUGUAAUCCAUUUCUGAGUCACCAAAAGGUGUGUAGAGAAGCAGAAACCAUAGGUUUAAAUCUUAUACCUGGAAAAAAACUGUGUCCAACCUGUCGAAGUAAAGUUAUGACAUGUUUAUCAAAAAGUAUAAGUGAAAAUAAAAAUGAUGAAGAUUUUGAUAUUGUUAAUGAAAGAUCCAUUCAAAAUAAAAAAGAAAGUAUAGAUACACACUUUGCAUCUGCCGGAGUAUCUCCAAUUAAGGUCAAAGGAUUGCACAAGUCAGGUAAAAUCAGAGAAGGUAAACGAAAAUUGACAGCAUUAACAACCUCCAUUAAAAAAAAAGGUAGCCAUUUCCCUUAAUAUAUCAGAAGAAAGUUUUGAAGAACAGUCAAGUUUGAAUAAUGAGUAUAUGGAAAAAGCAAACUUGUUUGAUAACAUGAUGGUAUUGUUAACUAACAAAAUUGCAGAGUCUACAUCAACAUCAAAAAAAGUACAACUUGCGACACUUGCUCCAACAGACUGGUCAAUAAAAAAGGUAUCUGAAACAUUGCAUGUAACAAACUAUGUAGCUCGAACUGCACGUAAGUUAACAUUAGAAAAAGGUAUUUU